UCCUAUUCUCUCCCUCUCUCUCUCUGUUUCUCUCUCUCUCGGAUAUACGAAUCUCUAUUCUUCUUCUUCUUCUCUUCUCCGGCGAGCUGAUUUCUUGCAUGGCAGUUAGCUUUCUGAGUCGGGAUGUGUCAGACCUGUGCUUGGGGAAGCCGGCGUUGAGGCCGGUGAAGGCGGACAUCAGCGUGGCGGAGGCGGUGGUGGAGUUGAAGAGGUCCGGCGAAAGCCAUGUGAGCGUUUGGAGCUGCUGUUCGGAUCAUUCUACCAAGGCUCUGGAAGGCCACAAUAAUUGCCGUUGCAUCGGGAAAAUCUCUAUGGUUGAUGUGAUUGUAUUUUUGUGUAAAGAGGAGAAUUCGAGAAACCUUUCCAAGGCUCUGCAAUCUCCCGUCUCCCAAAUUUUGCCCUCCAGAAUCGAUAUUGUCAGGCAUUUGAACCCUAAUUCAAGCUUGUUGGAGGCUAUAGAUUGCAUUCUUGGAGGAACGCAGAAUCUGGUAAUCCCUAUACAGAACAAUACCAGUAACAAUUCAAGGACGAAGCCUGCAAGCAAACCUGCAUCUCCGAGCUCCACCGAUCACGGCGGCGUUGAGUAUUGCUGGCUCACACAGGAAGACGUCGCCCGAUUCCUUCUGAAUUCCAUUGGCCUCUUUUCGCCAUUGCCGACCUUCACCAUUGAAUCGCUCAGCAUAAUCAAUUACGACAUCAUGACAGUCGGCUACCACGACCUUGCUACCUCCGCAUUAGGGUUCAUCUCCCGCGCCAACGCCGAGCAAACUUCCGUCGCUGUUAUCGACGACGAUAACAGACUGAUCGGCGAAAUCUCCCCCUCCACCCUCGCCUACUGCGAGGAAACCGUUGCCGCGGCCAUCGCGUCUCUCUCGGCCGGCGAUCUCAUGGCGUUCAUCGACUGCGGUUCCCCCACCGAUGACUUGCUUGAGAUGGUAAUGUUAGCAAAAUUUACUCUUAUUAAAAACGUCCCCUCUUCUCAACGUCUCUCUGAUCUUCAGCAGGUAAAAGCAAAGCUGGAAGAGAAGAAUCUGGUGGCGCUGUUGAGACUAGUGGAGGAAGAAUAUUCCGCAAUAUUCUCCUCCUCAUCAUCCUCACCACUAUCACUGUCGUCGUCGGCGUCCUCAGCCGCUUCCAGUUUUUCUUCGGACGAAGAAUUAGGGCUGAGCAGGAACAGCAUCUUAGGACGCUACUUCGCAAGGAAGACGGAGGCGAUCACGUGCUAUCCAUGGAGUUCACUGGCGGCGGUGAUGAUCCAAGCGCUGGCUCACCGCGCCAACAACAUCUGGGUGGUUGAGGAAGACCAAAGCGUGGUUGGUACAGUGACGUACAAACAAAUGUUGAGUGUGUUCGGGAGCAUUGCCAAUCCUCGGCCUAAUAAGCUUCCUGCAGGGUUGCCGGAGAAUUCAUUCAAGAAAUAACCAAUGAAUCGAAUGAAUAGGGAAUUAUCAGUUCUGUAUGAAUUAUUGAUGUUUGUGUUCUGUGUACGUACUGUUGACUUGUCGAGUGUAAUAUUGUAACGCCUUCCACAAUAGUGGAUUAUGGACCCAAUUUUAAGAAAAUUUAAGUGAUCUGAGGUGGAGGAAAGAAAUUAUGGAGAGAGGAGUGAGGUGCUCUGCAAAUUCAAAGUUAUUGACAAAUUGUGGGUCCCAUUGUAAAAAUAAGCCAGUUGUGACAGCCAUGCGUGACUAUCACUGCUGUGCCCAGCAGGCGCGUUACUGGCACGUUGUAGUUUUUUUUUUAAAAAUAUUUAAAUAAGCUUUAUUUUAUGUUA